AUGGGCAAGAACCGGGAGUGCGCGGAGAGCUGCAUAGACUAUCUGGCCCUGGCGCUGGUCCACCACUACCGCACGCAAGGGCAGGGCCCGUCGCUGCAGGCGGCGCUGGAUGCGGUGGGCGAGCGCACUGGGCGGCAGCUGGCGGAGCGGUAUGCGCGCGACCGCCCGCCGCUGCUGGACCAGCUGGAGGCGGUGAAGUUUGUGUGCAAGGAGUUCUGGGGGGAGGUGUUCCGCAAGGCGGUGGACAACCUGCGCACCAACCACAGGGGCACCUUUGUGCUGCGCGACACGCAGUUCCGCUGGCUGGUGCGGCUGGCCCAGAACCAGAUGCCGGCGCAGGUGGGGCAGCCGCUGCCGGCGCCGCUGUCCAAGGCCGACCUGGCAGCCGACUUCCUGGUGCUGCCCUGCGCGCUGGUGAGGGGCGCGCUGGCGCAGCUGGGCUGGGACGUCGCCGUCACCGCCGACGCCACCAGCCUGCCCCAAGUCGACUUCACGCUGGUCAUCCGCCAGCAGCCGCAGCGGUGA